AUGGAUCGACUCGAUGACUGGAGCUUCAAGUCCAAGAAAAUAAUGGACCUAGAGGAGGAUUUCUUUUUCCACUAUGGAGCGGAGGAAAUGACAGAUUAUCAGGACCCCAGUGAACUUCUGGCUGCUUUAAAACAAAAGGAGGAAGAGGUUAUUUUGGCAGCCCAGCUGGGAAACGCAUUGCUCCUUGAAAACCGCCAGCUUAAGGAGCAGAGCGAAAAACUUCAUGAGCAAUACGCAGAGAAGCUGGAGGAUCUGGAGCAGGGAAAACAUGAGGUGCGACUGAAGCUGGAGCGCCACCAGUCCCAGUGGGAGAGCCAGAUGGGAGACCUGGAGCGGGAUGCGAGGGAGCUGAGCGCCCAGGUGGAGCAGCUUACACGGUCGCUCAGCGAGGCUGAGAGGGACAAGAGUCGAACGCAGCUGGAGCACAACGAGAACACUCAGCGGCUCCAGGAGGAGCUCAAAGCUGCGAUGGAGGUGGAGAGAGCCAUGUCCACUGAGCUGCAGGCUCUGAAACAGGAGCUGCAGCAAAAAGGAAGUCACAACAGGCAGCAGGACGAGGAGCUGAUGAGUGCCAUGAGAGAGCAGGUGUUGCGUCUCUCACAGAAGGAACAGGUGCUGGAGCAACGAUUGGAGAGCGUUUGUCAAGAAAACGAAGAACUGAGGGCGAGUCUGGCCUCUUUGGACGCACGCUUGGCUCUGCACGACCAACUCAACGAGCAGCACAGCCAGCAGCUUGCCGAGGCGCGGCAAGAGGUGGAGGCUGCACGGGGUCAUUCACAGCAGCUGCAGGCCCAGGUGGAGGAGCUUCAGGAGGAGGUGUCCCUGCAGGAAGCCAGGAGCUACGGCAACACUUCCCUGCUGUCUGAGCUGGAAAGUAGUCUGGAGAUAACAGGCCUCGGAGUCAGCAAAGAAGAGUUAACGCAAGAAAUGGGGUUCAUCCUUCAGUUACUCCUCCCGCUGACCCAGGAGCUGAACGGCUCAGAACAGUCAGAGGUCGCCGAUCAGCAGGAAGACCUGAAGGCCAUGUUGCAUCGGCUGAAGGGCGUGGCUCAAACUCUUUCACAGGCAUCCAGGCCACAGGAGCUGAAUCAGGGUUUUGUCGAAACGACGGGUGAGGAGAGUGGGAAUCUGAGCACGACACAGGAGCUGAGAGAUCAGAACGUGCAGCUGCAGCAAGAAAAUGCUGAACUGAUGCAGAAGCUGCAGAGCGUUCAAGAUCAAACUGAAGUUGUCCAACAGGCCAUCAAAGACCGAGAUGAAGCUAUUGCGAAGAAAAACCGAAUGGAAGAAGAGCUGGUGAGAAGUAAAAACGAUAUGAUGUCUCUCAACAACCAGUUACUGGAAGCCAUCCAACGCAAACUGGAGCUAUCACAGGAGCUGGAGGCCUGGCAGGAUGACAUCCAGAUCUUCAUCAACCAGCAGCUCAAGUCCCAGCAGCAGUUGGAGCAGCCUCAGAAGAAGCCCGCCUCCAACAACAGCAUGUCAUUCUUUCGCAGACCCAGCAGAACGGCUUCAUCUUGGUCACGCCAGUCGUCGGCCUCUUCCUGGAAUUCAGACUGCGAUCAGGACAAAAACCAAUCCCCGUGGAGGGACUGGUUAAGGCGGGGCAAAGGGGUGCAGUACAGCAAAUAGUGAACACUAAGUGCUAGAACACUACUGGACUACUGUGGAGCAGAUGCACCAAGAGAAAAGGUCAAAGGGAACUCACUAGUGGGGCUUCUUGUACAUCAUGUGAAGGAGAAAAAAAGCCAUGAAGACUAAAGGAGCCACUCCAAACAAAGACUGAAACACAUUUCACUGAGAGGCUGAGGCUUCUCAAGACGAAGACUGUGACAACAUUUUUACAGAAUUACAAUUGAAGGUUUAACUGUAAAUAUCGCACCCUAUUUUGUAAAAUGGUGAAUAAGUAGCUCAGUGGAAAGUAUUUAAGAUUUAACACAUCAAAGAGAAGGAUGCUCAUAAAGUAAGUGAUUAAACACUACAUUUUUUGUUGUACUAAAUUUGUCUUUAUCAUGUUGGAUAUAAGAAGUUAUGUUU